CAACAAUUGUACAGUUCUUUCUGGCCAGGCACAUCAUUGGCAUCACAGGCAUGAUGUUGGUCAAGUCGUGGCUUUUUCAAGCAGUUCUGGUACCCAUGGCUUUUCAGCUUUUCUUCUCUACUUGGAUCCAAUGCUCUUCAGAUAUACAAGUACGUGAGGUCCAGGCUGCAGUUAUGGGCUCAGUGACCAUCACAUUUAAGUAUGACACUUUCCGGUACAGGAAUCUGAUAAGCAGCUGGUGCAGGCAAGUAACCAUUACAGAGUGUGAAAAUAUUAUGGACACGAGUGUUACCAGCAAUAAUGGAUACAAAGGAAGACUGUUCCUUUCACAAAAUACUGAAAGAACUGGCAUAGUGAAUGUGACUAUGGUGAAUUUACAACAUUGGGACACUGGUCUGUAUAAAUGGCGAAUAUGGACUGGAACAGAAUAUUCUAUCAUUGAGAAUGUCCUACUGCAGGUGGUUUUUGGAGCUGGGGUGGCGAUCUCCUCCUCAGCAGGAGCUGGGCCAGAUGUUUUUGGCCCUUCAGAGGGUCCGGGCUCGUCAGACACCUCCACAACAAUCCCCACAUCAGGGCUACCAUCCAGAUUACAUGUGGCUAUUUUUAAGGCUUAUGACAGCGUGGAAAUGAGUUGUGAAUAUAAUCAAAAACAGACAUGGUCAAAAGCUUGGUACAAGAUGAUGGGUCUUGAUAACCUUCAGUGGCUGGUUCAUUCUGACGGGAACAUCAAUAUGGACUACAGUUCAAGAUCUACAGUGUUUGUUUAUGAACAAAAGAGAGUUCUGGAAAUGAAGAUCACAAACUUGGAACUUUGGGACAGUGGUUUAUAUCAGUGUCGUGAAUCAGGAGGUGAAACCAUCUUAAAUGAAAUCUUGCUGCUUGUAACUUUAGAAGAGAUGUAUGAAGACAGAUCAGAGUAUUCUACAUUAGCGGUCUCAGAAGGUUCAAGUACCUCUCCUAACAUAGUUCAAGAUAAUAUAGAUAAUAAAUAUGUGAGUCCAGUUGAUGUCAAAUAUAAUGUCAGCAAUGGACAGAAUGGUAACUCUACAGGGGAAAGCAACCAUAAAAUUGAGCAUCACGGGGCAUGGGAUAUUCUACGCUGGAUGCUUUUUUUAUUCAUGGGACUGUGUGUCCUCCUCUCUACCUAUUACGAAAAGAUUUCAGACAGCAUAUCUCACAUACAUCUGAUGUGUGAUCAACCAUUAAAUGAAACGUGACCUGACAGCUGGAUAUGAUUGUUCGAGCACCGUAUAACUUAUUUUAAAUAUGACUUUAUUUUGGUGGAUUAAAAUGUGUUAUAUGUAAAAUGGUGCUGCCACACUAUGGGAGUGAUUCAUCAUCUCCACCUACACACAUUUUUUUUUUGCUGAAAAAAGUCACAAAGCGAAGUGGCGGUGCGUAAAUGUGCGUAAACCUCCGAUGUACAACAAUUAUUUGACUCUUCUACCUAACUGCGGCACAGUGUCUGAUAAAGGCCUGCGAGCCAAAAAUGUUUACGCUCUGCCGCUUUACCCAAUUUUCUGAAAUAAAAAAGGAAAUACAUUGAUCAAGAUAAAACAGUUGCCCAUGGAUGUGCCUAACUUAUGAAGAGGUUUGCACCUUGCCAUAAAUUAAAAGCAUCCUCCAGCAGUGCAGGGGAUGUCAAGAAUGGUGUAGCGCACACGAGUCUUGAUAAAUCUCCCCCUGUGUCUCUUCUUGAUUUUCUUUGUCUUGUAGAAAAAAUACAAAACAUUUUGGCAUUAAGUGAGGCAACCAAUAGAUGGUGUGUGUAGCUAUGCAACAAAUUUACCAUCUAGCCUGUGCUAAAUUUGAUACAUGAUGUUUAACAAUACACUGUCUCAAUAUUAGACAGGAUUAAUAAAUCUGCCCCAUGACUUCUUUUGAGGCCUUUGGGUUGUAAAAAAAUUUCAUGACUCAUGUGUGUCAAAUGUCAUGUGUGUAGCUUAACAUGUGUUAAGUCACACAUUGCCACGCAGUGUUGGAGCUGAUUGGCCUAGGCAAGAGUAGCCACACCGGUGAGCAGCUGCUAAAGUACAUCAAGCAGCAAACAUCCCACCGGCUGUCACCCUGCCAACUCCAAUUGGGCAAGGUUGUCAGCGACAAUGAUUGCAACAUCCUGGCUUUCCUGAACCUGGGGAAAAUAAUACAUAUUCCCUCUGCAUGACCUUUUAAUAAAAUGCACUGGCUUGUGCAAGGUGCUGGCAAUGUCCAGGAUACUGUCCCUCUUUUCAGUUAUUCUUAUGUGGUGAGGAAUGCUCUCCUGGACUUGCAGCAUCAGAAUGGUCUACAGCUACAUGGCUUAAUGUGCGACGUUCCAACUUGCUGGAAUUCAACAUUGCACAUGCUACAUGUGUACUAGUAUCGGAUAGCAGUGAGGAGGUGCUGCCACUGGAAGAGGAAGAGGAGUCAGUGAACGAGGAGCAAGAGGAUGAUGAUGGUGACACCUGUCACAACACCCAAUUGUCUCAGUGAAGGGUUGAGUUGGGAAAAACGGCCUCCUUGGGCACGCUGGCCACAAUGACUACCUGUAGACUUGCUAACGAAGUGACAGGCAGAUUGGUGGCAUCAAGCAUGUUUUUAUACCGUCGCUAUCAAAGCAAAAUGGCCAUUAUGCCACUGCUGAAGCCUGCCGACCAUCGUGCUCUGUACGGCUGCUGUUGCCUCCAUCAUGCCACUGCCUUGGCUUGCUUACCAUCAGCUUCAGCAAGGCUGCUGCUUCCUGCGUCACGCUGCUGCCUGCCACCAUGUACCAUAUGGCUGUUGCUGUCACCUUAGCCGCUGCUGCUCCUCGAUACUAAUCCCCUACUGCCAUCACUAUUAACGCAAUGCAUCUGCCACUACUACUACCAUUACCACCACUACUACUAAUAUUACUACUACUACCCAUAAACGACUGACCUACAGCCUUGUAUGUUCCACUCUAUGCUACUUCUGCUGCCGCUAUGUACCUCUAAUACCUUACGCUUUCCACAUCCACACUGCACUGCUGCUGCUCCCAAUUAAGGCCUCAUGCACACAACCGUGUGCCAACCGUGGUGGUGCUGUGGACCGCAAAUUGCUGUUUCCUGCCGUCUGUGGACACUUGAAUUGGGUCCGCGAUCCGCAUCCGAUGGUCUGCACCGCAAAAAUGUAGUGCAUGCAGUGCUUUUUUGCAGUGUGGAGGCACUGAUAGAAAACCUAUAGAAGCACUCCGUAGGGCUUCCAUGAGCUUCUGAUCUGUGCCUCCAUUCUGCUCAAACCAUGGACCUAUUUAAGUGUUGUUUAUGGCCCACAAUACGGGCAUGGACCUUCUACGGUUGUGUGCAUCAGGCCUAAAAGGGAGAAUUUUAAUUUGGCGCCACAUUUUCUUCUGAGAAUCAACACUUGUGUGUGUUGUAUGAGUAGGCAUUCUGACUCCUGUAAAUACAUUAUUUUUGGAAACUUGCUCCCCCAAGCCACUUUUAUUUUGUUAUUUAUUUGUAUCCAAUAACACUGUUUGUGUUUAAACAUCAUCUGCCCCCAAUAAGGGACAAUUUUUGGAAGCUUUGGAUUAUGAAAAAGCAUAACGGGUGUCGGCGCUGUGUGUUUUGUAAGCAUGCUGUAUAGUAACCCCUUCCUGACACAUGACUUAAUAGUAUGUCACAGUGGCAGGUGACUUGCCGUAUUCUGACGUACUAUUACAUCAUGGUGAUCGGGCAGGCACCGCAGCGGUGCCCCGCCCAAUCAUAGCAGGUGCCCAGCAGUCACUGAUUGUUGGGCCUCUGCUGUAUCCGCUGGCAUCGGCUUUUACAGCCAUUAACCCCCUCUAUGUGCACGCAGUCAGCGUAUCUCCGCACCCGUAACAACCAGCUCUAUAAAAAUAUCACAUGACCUAGCUCCUUAGGUGAACACCGUAAAAAAGAAAAAUAAAGCAAUUUUUUUGUCACCUUACAUCACAA